AUGGGCAACAAGCUAGGCGACUCUGUCAAAUACACGUGCCAAUUCAUCACUGGCUACGUGAUCGGCUUUGUCCGUGGAUGGGACAUGAGUCUCGUCAUGGCGUGCAUUAUGCCGUUCAUGGUGGCGUCGUUAGGUAUCCUCAUGACGAGUCUUCGCAAACGUGCCGUACACUCGCAACAAAUGUACGCAGAGGCAGGUGCGGUGGCAGAAGAAACGCUGAGCUCCAUCCGCACUGUGGCCUCGCUGAAUGCCGAGAAAUUGGCGAUCGACAAGUACAAUGAACGCGCGGUUAAAGCCGAGGAGACGAAUAUCCAGAUGGCCAAGUUCGCGUCCUGUGUCUUUGGUCUCUUCAUGUGCAGCAUCUGGCUCAUGUAUGCGGCAGGUCUCUGGUACGGCGGCUCGAAAGUCGCACAGGACAAAGCUUCGCCAAGUGAAGUCUUUCAAGCGUUCUUCGGUGUCCUCAUGGGAACGAUCUCACUGGGUCAGAUUACACCUAACAUCUCCGCUGUAGCGGAGGCUAAGGGUGCCGCUGCACAGAUCUACAAGAUUCUAGACACACCAUCAAACAUCGACGCAUCUAGAGACAAUGAAGGAGAGAAACCAGACUCUUGCGUUGGUCGUAUCCAGGCUAUUGGCGUGAAUUUCACGUACCCGAGUCGACCGGAUGUGCAGAUUCUGAACGACUACAACGUCACCAUCGAGCCUGGUCAGACUGUCGCCUUUGUAGGUGCGAGUGGUGGUGGCAAGAGUACGCUCAUCUCGCUGCUUGAACGCUUCUAUGAUCCUCAAGACGGCACCAUCCUACUUGAUGGAAGAGAUGUGAAGACGCUGAACGUGAAAUGGCUACGGUCACAGAUCGGUCUUGUCUCUCAGGAGCCCGUACUGUUCGCCACUACCAUCUUGGAGAACAUCGCAGCGGGUGGGAAUGGCGUCACUCGUGACCAAGUUGUGGCAGCGGCGAAGCUGGCGAAUGCACACACGUUCAUCAUGUCGUUACCAGAGCAGUAUGACACACUGGUAGGUGAGAAGGGUGUGUCGUUGUCAGGCGGUCAGAAGCAGCGUGUAGCCAUCGCCCGAGCGAUUGUGCGUGAACCGAAGAUUCUGGUGCUGGACGAGGCGACAAGUGCACUUGAUGCAGAGAGUGAGCGUGUGGUUCAAUCUGCUUUAAACGAUCUGAUGGACAAAACCCGGAUGACGACGCUGGUGAUCGCUCAUCGGUUGAGUACAAUCCGCAAAGCUGACAAGAUUGUGGUGGUGAAUGUUGGUCAUGUAGUAGAGGAAGGCAACCACGACGAAUUGGUUGCGAUUAAAGACGGUAUUUACCGGAAGCUGUACACGAUUCAAGAGGAGAAAGCGCAGGAAGAAGCUCAAGCUGCUGCCACAGCGCUGAAGGACACUGAAGGUGGAGAGACCCACUCACAAAAUUUACGCCAACAUAGUAGCCGGACUGUCAUUAGUGAUCACUUGGAAGAGAACAAUACGGUGACUUUGGAGACGAAAGAUAGGAAGAGAACGUUUACGAUCUUCGAUGCCAUCGCAUUCUCUCGUCCCGAGAGAUCAGCGUUCAUCGUUGGUAUCUUCGCUGCGGCUGUGAUGGGGUGUGCGCUGCCAAGUUCUGCUGUACUAAUCAGUGAGUUGGUUGCGACCAUGACAACGAACUAUACACUGUACAAGGCCAAUAACGUCCAAUCUGCUCUGGACGAUCUCAAGCACGACGUGAUGGUGUAUGGACUCUGCUACGUGGGCGGAUCUGUCGUCAUGUUCCUAGCCGCUGCCACUCAGAACUACUGCUUCAAGUACAUGGCGGAGAAACUCACCUCCCGACUACGAGAUGUUCACUUCACCGCACUAUGUCGACAGAACAUUGGCUUCUUCGAUGAAAAGAAGAACGCAACUGGAGCCUUAACGGCCGAUCUCUCGACGAACGCAACCAAAGUGGCUCUGAUCUCGGGUGACUCGCAGGGACGCGUGGUCCAGGCCAUCUUCACGUUUGUCGCAGCGCUGGUAAUCUCCUUCACGACUGGAAGUUGGCUGCUAACACUCGUCAUGUUGGCGGUGUUCCCUUUCUUGAUCGCCGGUCAAAUGGUUCGCAUGCGUCAAAUGAAGUCUUCGGGUCAUUUAUCGGAUGAACUGUCGGAGGUUGGGGCUCAUGCUUCAGAAGCUUUGAGUAAUAUCCGUACCGUCGUCUCUCUGGGACUGGAGAACUCGAUUUGUGGCAAGUUCUCGGCCUUGCUGGAAGAGCCAUUGGCCAGUGGACGUCGUGAGGCUCAGCUCAAUGGCCUUGCGCUUGGCUUCAGCUCGUUCAUUCUCUUUGCGACGUACUCGCUUGUAUUCUGGUACGGCGGAAAGUUAGUGGAUGACCAGGAGAUCAGCUUCAAAGAACUCAUGAGAACGCUCAUGGCCAUCAUGAUGUCGGCGCAGGGUAUUGGCAAUGCAACUUCCUUCAUGGGCGAGUCUGACAAUGCCCUGAAGGCUGGUAAGGCGAUCGUUGAUCUUCGAGACCGUAAACCGCCUAUUGAUUCCUUCCAAGAAGGAGGGCGACGUAUCGACCAGCUCCAAGGCAAAAUUGAGUUCAAGAACAUCACGUUCCGAUACCCGACGAGGCCAGAAAUCACAGUACUCAAGAACUACAACCUCACUAUAGAGGCUGGGCAGACUGUGGCUUUCUGUGGACCUAGUGGAGGAGGUAAGAGCACUGGCGUCUCGCUUAUUGAGAGGUUCUACGACCCCGUCGAAGGCCAAGUAUUGCUCGACGGGGUUGACACGAAGGAGCUCAAUCUCAACUGGCUACGUAGUCAGAUUGGACUCGUCGGACAGGAACCCACGCUCUUUAUCGGCUCCAUCGCGGAGAAUAUCGCGUACGGACUCACGGAUACACCCACUCAGCUGGAGAUCGAAGACGCGGCCAAGAUGGCCAAUGCGCAUGGAUUCAUCACCAAAUUCCCGGAUGGCUACAGCACUCAAGUGGGCAUGAAGGGAGAACAGCUCUCUGGGGGUCAGAAGCAACGUAUCGCCAUUGCACGAGCCAUCUUGAAGAACCCCAACAUCUUACUGCUGGACGAAGCCACAAGUGCGCUGGACUCGGAGAGUGAGAAGGUGGUGCAGGAGGCGCUGGACAAGGUGGUGGCACUGAAGCGACGUACGACGAUCAUCAUCGCUCACCGCUUGUCGACGAUCCGCAAGGCAGACAAGAUCUGUGUGGUGAGCGGUGGGAAGAUUGCCGAGCAGGGCACUCACCACGAGUUGGUCAAGUUAAAGGGCAUCUACGCAAAACUGGUGCACCAGUCUACACAUUAGAUGGAUACACAGACAGCACAAUCUACUUAGAAACCAAUACGUAAGUAAUAAUAAAAACAUGAGCU